AUGAUGCGAAUAGUAAAGAGACAAAGUAAUUUUACAGUUUUAAGUUCAAACAUCAGAAAUUCGCAAAUGGCUGGAAAGGAAAAGCUAAGAGUAAAGAGUUCAUUUAGCGAUGAUGUCGUUGAUGUCAAAUUCUCAGUACUUGAUCUUUUAAGAAUAUUUGCCGGUCUCAUAAUGGCAUAUUGCUGCAUUUGUCGAUUUUUUAUAGGCAGCUGGUACUGGCAGCCUUUCAGAAGACACGCGUAUACAGAACCACAGAGUCCCCUAGAAAUUCCAUCUUACUGGUUUGAAAAGCAUAAUAAUCUUCCAAUACCUUUCUCGGCGGACGACUUAUCGAACUACGGAAGUAAUAGUGAAUCACACAGAAUAUUGCUUAGUGUAAAAGGCCAUGUAUUUGAUGUGACAAGUGGAUCACGCUUCUACGGGGAAUGGGGACCAUAUAAGAAAUUCACAGGUAGAGAUUGUUCAAGGUUAUUUGCGUAUCCAAAAUGGGAUAUUUCUGUCCUAAGUCGGGAUUGCUCUCAUGAUCUAAGUAGUUUGACGCCUACAGAACUAGAAAGAGUAGAUUCAUGGUUACAGUUUUUUCGAGCCAAAUAUCCCGAGAUAGGCUAUGUGGAAAGUCUGCCCUAA